CAGUCGUGCAAAAAUGGAGCAGCCUCCUGCAGCAGCAGCAGCAGCAGCAGCAGUGUUGCCAAUGGCGCUGACGGAGCGGUUUCCAGUCGCCGUGCGCGAGGACGCAGCGCGAGGGCGGUACAUGGUCGCCACACGCGCCAUUGCUGCUGGAGAGACGGUCUUUGUGGCACUGCCCUAUGCAUACGCCGUGUUCACCAACUGCCGCAAGCGCGUGUGUGCGUUCUGCUUGCUGUACGACGAGCAGGGCCGCCUCUUUGAGCACUGCGCCAUGUGCGACCAGGUCUACUACUGCAGCGCCCAGUGCCGCCAGCGCGACAUGGACAUUGGCUUGCAUCAGCGACUGUGCCAUGCUCUCAAGAAGACGGCCACCAUGAAGGACGACCGGCAUCUCUCGUCCAUUGCCAGGCUCGUCGUCGUCAUCCUCCACCGCCGGGCGUCCGCUGCUGACCUGCUCCCGCUCGGUAUCGACGGCCGGUACGACACCCCGCCUGCUCAUCUUCAGGCACGCGCCAUUCGCACGGCGGCCGCUGCACACGCGGCGACUGGCUCAAGCGCGAGUGGUCUCGCUUCUGAAACAGAAUCCGACCACAACGAUGCUGCUGCUCCAGCAACUCCGACUACAACUCCGUCGACUACUCCUUCUGCUGGCGGCCCUACUGGUUCAGCCGCUUCGGAAGCGCCAUCUGCCGCAAGUGUCGGCGAUCUGGCCGCUCAAGGUCCGGUCUUGCAGAGAGUGCAAACGCAACCCAAUACCGCGUCGUCGUCGAGCUCCGACCCCUCUCCAGCUGCAACGCCAAGCACGGAGCCUCAGCUGUCGCCGGAAGAACGCGCUGCAUUGAAGUCGUCCAUUGAGGACGUGUCUUCGCUCGUGUCUCAUGUUGACAAAUGGACGGUGCCGGAAGCGCAGGGAUUCAAGAAAUUGCUCCGCUUCCUUGAAAAACAUGUCGAAGCCGAGCUCAUGGCUGGAUUUCCCCUCAAAGAUGUGCUGAAACUCGUGUCCCAAAUCGAAAGCAAUGGCUUUGGUCUGUGGGACGGCAAGGGCGAGUGCUAUGCUCGAGCGCUCUUCCCAAGUGCUUCCUUCUUCAAUCAUUCGUGCGAUCCAAGCUGUGAUCGUUACCAAGACAAGUUUUUGUUGUCGAUUGCCACGCGUCGGCCCAUUGCAGCAGGCGAGGAGCUUUCCAUUUCGUACAUUGACGUGAACGCACCCUGUCGGACUCGCCAACACGAACUGUUGGACUCGUACCACUUUCAGUGCUCGUGCACUCGUUGUGUCCGUGAGCUCGCGGCGCAUUCUGCCGGAUCCAAAUCAAGAGAUAAGGAGGAGCGCGAAAAGAUUACCUAUUCGAAGAGCGCCAAGCCCGGGAGCGGGACAAAGGGGCGCAACUCGGACAAGGCGAAUCAGAAAUUGCCCGCAAAAGCAAAACUAGGGAUGGCAGGACCAUCGACAUUAGCGGCCGCACCCGGAGCGUCGUCAAGUAGCACCGGACCGACCAGUUUUAUUGCACAGCUCAACCAAAUGAUGCAGAAAACUGAAAUCUCCGAUUCUGCUUCAGCGAGCAGUCCCAGAUCUCAUCCCAACUAGAAAAAGCAAAGCAUAAACUUGAGUUGGAAACCAGACCACAUCCAUAGAUUCGACAAUACACACAUUGAGGACAAA